AUGGAUCGUUCCAGCAAAAUGGAGUUCUUCAGGAAGCUGGGCUAUGGCCACCACGACGUGCUUCGAGUGCUGGACAAACUGGGCGAGGGUGCCUUGGAAAACGACGUGCUGCAGGAGUUGAUCCAAACGGGCAGCCGGCCAGGGACCCUCGAGGCCAGCGAUGUGCCCCGUCUGGUGCCCCGGGGUUGUGGGGCUCCAGCCUCUGCACCCCUUGGGCUGAGGGCAGACCUGGAAGAGGAGAGUGGAGGCCCCGCUGGUUACCUGAGACCCAUCGUGAUUGACGGCAGCAACGUGGCCAUGAGCCAUGGCAACAAAGAAAUCUUUUCCUGCCGGGGGAUCCAGCUGGCGGUAGACUGGUUCAGGACACGAGGACACACCUACAUCAAAGUCUUUGUCCCUUCCUGGAGAGAGCCUCCCAGAUCUGACACUCCUAUCAGAGAGCAGCACGUGCUGGCGGAGUUGGAGCGGCAGGCGGUGUUGGUGUACACCCCGUCUCGUAAGGUCCAGGGCAAGCGCGUGGUCUGCUACGACGACCGCUACAUCGUGAAGGUGGCCUUCGAGCAGGAUGGCGUCAUCGUGUCCAACGACAACUACCGCGACCUGCAGAGAGAGAACCCCGAGUGGAAGAGGUUCAUCGAGCAGAGGCUGCUCAUGUUCUCCUUCGUCAAUGACCGGUUCAUGCCUCCUGAUGACCCCUUGGGCCGCCGGGGCCCCACCUUGAGCAAUUUCUUGAGUAGGAAGCUAAAGCCCCCCGAGCCAUCCUGGCAGCAUUGCCCCUACGGCAAGAGAUGCACCUACGGCGCCAAGUGCCGCUUCUCCCACCCAGAGAGGCCUCAGGGCUCGCGGCUGGCGGUGGCGGAUGAGCUGCGAGCGCAAAGGGGAACCUUGGGGGUCGGGGGGGUCUCGGUGGCACCACCGAGGGGUGCGCAGGCAACGGGCCUCGCCCGGGACGCCCCUGCCCGGGACUGGGGCUCCCGCUACCUGCAGCAGGCCGAUGUGGUGAGCCUCGGGCGCAGCUUCGCAGGGUUGGCCUGCAGCGAGGACUCGGACUCGGACUCGGGGGUCCUGCGGGCAGCCCCUCCAGCCACCAGCUCUGGGCCCGACUCCAGAGGCCGCGACCAGGGCGCGUCAGGCUGGUCCCCGUCUCUCUCCCACCUCUCCUGCACCCCGGGACCCCGGGACCCCGAACUGGACGCGCUCCCUUGGCACAGGACACCGCCUGCUACGUGGGCCCUGGAGAGCUGGGGGGACAAUGUCAUUGGGGGAUCCACGAGGUCUCUCCCCAGCGCCUCCCUCGAGGGGGCCGUGCGCUUUGGGGCGCGCCCUGCGCUCUGCAGCCCUUUCCAAACGCAGCGAGGGGACAGAUUCCUGGCUCUGUCCCCUGUGCUCAGAGACUUGGACAAGAUCGUCCCCAGGUCUGGCCAGGGAGCCACAGGAGAAAAAGGAUGCAACUGGGCUUUCGGGGCACACAGCAAUGAGGCCGAAAAUGAGCCACCACUUACUUGGGGGAUCCACGCUCUGUGCCUUCUGGCCAUGUGCAUCCGGGACGCAGGUGCGAGCAGGGACCCACGUCGCCAAAUGGCAUCUUAUGGCAUUACCCGGUGUUUUGACUCUCGACAGUUGGAGGGUUUGGACAUCUGUGGGCUCCAUUCACGAGCCAUGGAGAUUGUGUGA